AGGGUCCAUAAAUCGAUGAGACGCACCAGAGGGAAAGCAGUGACGGUCAAGUCAUGGAGAGAUUCAGUCCACCAGCAGCUUCAUUGAAGAAAAGAAUUAGCCCUCCGAUAGCGUGGAAUCUUGGUUUGACUAGCAGGGAACCGAGACUCGUUAAAGUGAUUUUGUUAGGGCAUCAGGGUGUUGGUAAAACUGCUUUGGCAGUAAGAUUCGCCACAAAACGAUACAUAGGCGAAUAUGACUGCACCACCGAGAGGAUGUACAAGGUGGACAGCUUCCUCGACGCUACGUGGGAGAUAUCUGAUCCUCCAGGAUUCUUACCACCCCCGACCGAGCUAAAAUUACGAUGGGCUGAUGUGAUUGUCCUGGUUUAUUCAGUGUCGGAUCGAGUCAGCUUUGACGAGACUUCUCGACUUCGAUUUUUAGUGUCACACGCGAGGAGAACUAGGAAGGUACCACCUGUGGUGAUACUGAUUGCCAAUAAAGCGGACGUAACGUACACACCUGGCGAAAGGGUGGUUUCCACUGCGGAGGGUCGCCAGAGGGCCGAAGAAAUCGAAGCUCACGCGUUUCAUGAGAUUUCGGUCAGAGAAUCGGUCGAACAGGUCAUGGCCGUUUUCACCGACAUCUCCAAGUUGUUGACGGAAUUGCCGGGCAACUCUGGGCACCAAGGGAGCUCCUUCAGAGUGAGAGCCUCGACUGAUGGCACUUUGAACGCUCUUCGACGACCCUCGCCUAUUCCGCUCAAGAGGAGAUUCAGCAUCUCCGUACGGGGAACGACUCAUUGAAUCAAUUGAAUGUUAAUUGUGAUUGUUGUUUAUAGUAAUUUAAUGAAAUUUAUUGUAAGUAUCUGGUAUUUUUAGUUUUAAUGGGCUGAGAUCAGUCUGAAGACCUCGAGGUACCUUGAAGAGUAUACAAAAUAUACAGAGAUUUAUAAAAUGAAUGCCUACUAUUCUGAAUACUAACAAAAUGGCGGCGCUUUGAUGCCUACAGAUUGACCUCAUACUUGUACCAUUAUCUUGUUAAACAUUCGUUACAGUUUUUGUGAAAAGUAAAAUAAUACAAAAGUC